AUGUUGAAGGUGUUCGGUAUAGUACUUCCUGUGUUGCUUAUUAUUGCAACAUGCAGUUUGAUAGUACCUGUGCAAGGUCAAGAUGUUGAUAGUUUUCAAUAUCCGUUGAAGAAAACAGUGCGUGUAAUAAAUAAUUUGGCGGGGACUCAACUCUCUGUCCAUUGUCAUUCAGGGGAUGAUGAUCUUGGCCAACAUUAUCUUCACAGUGGACAGUAUGUAGAGUGGUCCUUCCAGGAUAAUUUUUGGGGUACUACUUUGUAUUGGUGUGACUUUGCAUGGAAUAAUGUGCAAAAGAGUUUUAGGGUUUAUAGUACAAAAAAGAUGAUUAUCGCGGAUAUAAACCCUAUCUGA